AUGUUGCUGAUUCUGCGACGGGGGAGACGGCGAGCCAAGUUGGAAAGCAUCACAUCCAGGUGUGUGUGGCCAAGGACAUCUGUUACAACAAUAUUGGCGGCACAGAGGCAGGAGCAGCUGCCUGCUGUUCAGACUCCCAUGAAAACCACCGGUCAGGGACGGGGAAGUGUGACAACGCUCCACAGAAAAACGCCACAGCAGCCCACUGUCACAGAGCGGACCGCAGCCAACGCCGCGGAGCUGCAUGGGAGAGGAAACGUGCUGCUGUGUGGACAGCUGCCGCACAACUCCAGGAUGGAGGAGCGCAGUAACACGCUGGCAGGAGUGAGGAGUUCAUUUACAUAAAUGUUGCAGGAAAAAUGAAACCGUCUGUAUCAGUAAAGUGUCACAAAGGGUGUACCAACGCCACGGCGGUUCACUUUAACACGCCGCUGACACACAAAUACAGACGAUUAGAGCAGAUGUGAGGAAUAAAAGACAACAGCUGAUGGACGAUGAUGACAGAGAGGCUGUUUGAGGAACAUCUGGACAGACGGACAGAUUUAAAGACCGACUCAAAGUCAAAGAGGUCUACUCUCAGUUCAGAUCGCUUAGCUAACCUCGCGCUAGUGAGGUUAAAACCACGAUCAAGCUAACAGGAAAUACAAACGUGUUUAUUAUCUGAACAACGACGACAAGAAGAGUCUCCUCCUGACAUACAACAGUCUUCAAUAUAAGUCUAGUGUUUUAUUCGAGGGCAAAGACUACAUUUCCCAUGAGCACCCUCACCCACCUCUGUACCAAAACAAUCGCCAAACAUGAUAGAAUGACUUUCACAGAGCUGGCUGUCUUUUAAAGGUGGAGUGGACAAGAUUCUGUUUUGUGGUGGGGGUCUGUCUUCAAACUCGUCAGACUUUCAGCCUCUUAAACUAAAGUGAUUAAAACUCUUUCAGGAUCGAUCGGCCCGGAUCCUCGGCGGAGAGAGUCUGGAGAACGAGCCUCAUUCUGGUGACAGCGAUCAUCCAGCAGGAGAAACUCAGCCGAGACCUUCGCGGGACGAAAUCGAUGCUUUCAUUAUCAACUUCAUUACGUGACGCCCUGAUACGGUCUGCGCCGCCGCGGCUGUUGUCCUGACUGUUUUAAUAACAGACUGAGAGACACGUAAUGAGUCCAGCUGGAACCUUCUGGAUCUGAAAGACGUUUAAAGGUAAACGAUGGAAACGAUCCGCAGAUUGGAGUUUUGUCGCCAUUACUGAGGCGACAGCACGCUGUUUUCAGCUGAUUUGCAUCUCUAACAUCCUUCCUGUGAAUUUCUCUGCUGGUGGCGAGCGCCAUAAUCUAGAUAAGAGGUUUUUUCUGCUGACCCUCCUCGCCCCGGACUGUCAGAGCGACGGAUCGUUACCGUCUUUAAUGAAUUCAGGAGGGAGGAGAGUCCCGCACAGGCGUGUACGGCCAACAGCCUCUCUGCAGGAGGUCUAUUAACUGUAACACAACAGGAAGGACAAACUUUGGCGGCGUUGUCGUGUUGUUUUAGUUUUCCGUGUUUGCUGCAGGUAAACUCAAACACGCCGCUGUAAUGAAAGAUGACGUUUGGUAAAGUGCGAGGUGUAGCGCCGCUGUAACGUCUGUCCCUUCUUGGCAGACGGACAGGAAAAGUUGCUGUAAUUAUUUCUCAACUUAAGGGCGUCUCCUCCUCCUCCCCUCCGCCCCACGCCGGGGCGAGCACGCACUUGUGAAUAUUAAUGGAGCGGUUUCCUUGAACAGCAGGCGUUUGUCAGGAUCUUGGAUCAGAUUCAUCACUUUAACCUGCUCCGCUCCGCCCGGGGGACGGAUGAUGAGUUCCCGCAGCACGGCAGCUGGCGACGGCUCCUCCACUCACACUUGAGCGGUUCAAAAAGGAUGAGAGCGCGAGGGCGAGGCGGCGGGAGUGCAGGGGGAGGGAAAUUAGCAAGGCGUGCAUGAAUAAGUGAUGACGAGGAAACUAGUUUGAAGAAGUUAGAGGAGAAAAAACGCUGAAAUGACCCUUUAAAACAGGCGGACUACAGCGGGUCUCCUUAGUCGAACCAACGAGAGUUCAUCUGGAUUCAUCAACAGGUGUUAGCAAGCUAGUAGGGAUGAUGAUGUUACCAUGGUAACUGCAGACAAAACAAAGCAAAACUCAAAUGGUUUAACGUCGUACUGAGGUAGUUUAGCGAUGGCGCUACAACACGCUACAGCAGAAACACUUCUGUUACAGACACUUGUCUUACUUUGUUAAAGCGGUUUACCUGUCCAGCAGAAAGGUUACAGGGUCACCAAGAUCCCCAAGCGUCCCCCAUCGUUUAUGUUGACCCGGCUUUUUAGCUCUUGUCCGGUCUACCUCCGUUUUAAGCGCCCGUUAUUCCUCCAGAGUCUCCAGUAUUUACUUUGUUUUCUUGCUUGUGUCGGCAGUCGUGGCCAAAGGAGGAUUCAGACAAUUUUCCGAACUUUCUGGUUGGUUUCUACUGUCCGAUAUUGUAGCACGCUAACUUUGUUUGGGCUCCUGAACGACACGGGGGAGCAGCAUUUUCUUGUUGACUGUUUUCUUGUUGCCUGUUUUGGUGUGGACUGUUUUCUUGUUGACUGUUUUCUUGUUGACUGUUUAUGGUUGACUGUUUUCUUGUUGACUGUUUUCUUGUUGACUGUUUAUGGUUGACUGUUUUCUUGUUGACUGUUUUCUUGCUGACUGUUUUCUUGUUGACUGUUUUCUUGCUGACUGUUUUCUUGUUGACUGUUUUUUUGCUGACUGUUUUCUUGUUGACUGUUUAUGGUUGACUGUUUUCUUGUUGACUGUUUUCUUGUUGACUGUUUAUGGUUGACUGUUUUCUUGUUGACUGUUUAUGGUUGACUGUUUUCUUGUUGACUGUUUUCUUGUUGACUGUUUAUGGUUGACUGUUUUCUUGUUGACUGUUUAUGGUUGACUGUUUUCUUGUUGACUGUUUUCUUGCUGACUGUUUUCUUGUUGACUGUUUUUUUGCUGACUGUUUUCUUGUUGACUGUUUUCUUGUUGACUGUUUAUGGUUGACUGUUUUCUUGUUGACUGUUUUCUUGUUGACUGUUUAUGGUUGACUGUUUUCUUGUUGACUGUUUAUGGUUGACUGUUUUCUUGUUGACUGUUUAUGGUUGACUGUUUUCUUGUUGACUGUUUUCUUGUUGACUGUUUAUGGUUGACUGUUUUCUUGUUGACUGUUUUCUUUUUGACCGAUUUGGUGUUGACUGUUUUCUUGCUGACUGUUUUCUUGUUGACUGUUUAUGGUUGACUGUUUUCUUGUUGACUGAUUAGAGUUGACGUUUUUUUGCUGACUGUUUUCUUGUUGACUGUUUUUUGCUGACUGUUUUCUUGUUGACUGUUUUCUUGUUGACUGUUUUCUUGCUGACUGUUUUCUUGCGGACUGUUUAUGUUUGAGUGUUUUCUUGCUUGUGUCGGCAGUCGUGGCCAAAGGAGGAUUCAGACAAUUUUCCGAACUUUCUGGUUGGUUUCUACUGUCCGAUAUUGUAGCACGCUAACUUUGUUUGGGCUCCUGAACGACACGGGGGAGCAGCGUCUGCCUCACAACCAAUCAGGUUAGAGGAGGUGGAGAACGGCUUUGUUUUCAGUCAGAAAGAGCGGACCGCUCAAAAAUGUUCAAAUGUUGACGACACAGACAUAAGAGAACACAGAGAUAUCGAUAUAUUACCAAAUGUCAUCAAUAACUAAUAACUAUUGACUGAUAUUAAAAGAUUUUUUGUAUAAACACCAAAAACCACACCUUUAAAGGUUAUUACGUGUUUUUUUACGUGUUUUUUUCUCUCUCUAAAGUUGUCUGUUUCUGUUUCUGUUUCUCUUUUUCUUCUUCCACCUCGCCGACAGACUCAAAGAUAAACCCGAGUCUCUGACUCUCUCUCCUCGCAGACUCGGUCAUCUCUGAUUGGACGUCUGCUCCUCAGGAGAGGAGGUUCAGCCCACGGUCCGCUGCAGUGUUCAUCAAAAGUUUCAGCAGGUGAUUAAUAUUUAUGGUUUCUGUGCAGUUCCAGCUCAGUUCCUCCCUGCAGGUACAUUACACCCUGUCAGACACACACACACACACACACACACACACACACACACACACACACACACACACACACACACACACACACACACACACACACACACACACACAGAUAGUAAACACCUUCCUGUUGCAGAGUCUCUGCUUCAUCAACAUUUACAUGGGUGUCCCACUCUUCUGUCAACAGACUGUAAAACCAUUAGCUCUGGUUACUCAGUUAUGCUAACAACCAUUAAGGCUGACGGAUGCUGCUGCUCUUCUGCUUUUACCUUCUACAUGCCUGAGAGGAUGAUGUUUAUCCAUCAGGAGGGUGGAGAAGCCCACGCCGCUGUGAUGGAGAGAUCUGCAGGAAUCCAAAAUAGAUCUUAGAGUUUUUGUUCUUCUGACACCAAACCGACUAUUAGAGUUUAUUAGAGUUUGUUCAAUAUGAAACACUUUAAAAAGGACCUCUUCAGACCAGGACCUGAACCACCAACCACCAACCAAAGCUACGAAGGUUUCCUAAGUAUCAAAGUGACAAAGCUGUAGAGUCGUCUGUGUCUUGGAAAAGGUCAGAGGUCAACUUAAACCACCGAUUCGAGCGGGACGUAACUUUAAACUUAAACCUAAAGAGUGUUUAAGAACUUUCUGUCUCUGUAUUUUCGGUGUUUUUUAUUUAUUUAUUAAUCUUUGUCGGCUUUUGAUGAGUAUCUGAAUUUCUUGGAUGGAUAAACUCUAGUUUCUUUUUUAAAAACAUCUUUUUGUAAGAAAUGUAAAUUCCAGAUAAGAAGACGUGAAUAAAAUGGUUAAUGGGUUUGGAGUUAAAACCAGUAACUGGUGGUUCAGGGUCUCUAUUUCUGUUAUUGGAAUACUUGACACUAGGGCUGUUCAAUAUGGCCUCAAAUCAAUAACACGAUAUAUUGAUCAGUUCACCUUGAUAACGAUAAAUGAACGAUAACUACUCCACAUCACCCAUUAAUCAGCCAAUUUCUAACAUUUUUUACUAAGUUUUAAAAAUAUAUCUACAUAUUUACUUAUUUUUUUGAACGGCUGCUUUUGAGUCUUUCAAACACUUUUUCAAAGAAUUAAAGGCAGAAAACUCAUUUUUACUGCUAAAAUAACUGAAAAAGAACGAGGGAUUUUGUGUAAAGUGCAAACAGUUAACUUCCAACUCAAAAUGAGGAACACUCGAUAUACUGUAGGCUAACGCUCUCUACACCGUCAGGAAGACCGACUGAUCAUCUCAGUAAUAUUCCACGUAUUUAUCAUGAAUCAAAUUCGGACCACAAAAGCGUUUUCAACUCCCCCCUCGCCGAUUGGUGCCUCCACGUCUUAUGUUCCUCAUUUCCGGUCCAGUCUCAUCUGGAGACACGCAGCUGACUCAGUCAGAGAAGUCGCUCGAUCACUAAUGUGUUCUGUUGUUUAUUCUACCGUUACUGACAUGGCUAACAGUGUAGCAAGGCUAAUAGCAGGUGGCUAACUCUAACUUUAGCUUCACCGUUAACUCGGCGUGACCGAGACCAGCACAGCGGGAAACAUCGUGAAGUGGGUUGAACUGAAACUUGUUGACUUAUUGCCUUGAGGUAUUUAGUGGAUGAAGAUUGUCAUGAGGUCGCUGCGCCAUCUACAGGAUAAGUCUGGGAACUUUUCAAAUGGCGGAACAGUUUCGGAGCGAAACCAAAUCUUAUUCAUGCAUUCAUUCGUGCAUUUUAUUUCUGAAAAUAUCGGCGAACAUCUGCAAGUUUUGGCCGAUUACAGAUUAGUCUCAAACGGGAUAAAAUUAGACCCUAGUGUUGAAUGUUGUAUCAGUCUUAAAGAGACAGCGUUUAUUUUUUUUAACUAUGCAGCUCCUCCCAGAAUUCAGCAGCUCUCUGGGAUCGUGUUCAGGCGGGUGGUCCUGGUUCGGUUCUGGAUAAGUGACUCUACCGUCCGCUUCUCUGACCUCCUGAGUCUUCUCAGUGAACCCUGCAGAACCAGGAUCCCUCAUCCAGGUCUACGCCUUGGUACCUGGUCCCCCUAAAUCCACCUCCUCUUCACCAUCCUCAGCUCAUCUCCUCUUCCUUUACCUCGAACCGUCAUCUUUAGCGUUAGACGUUUCCCUCUUUCCUCGCCGUGUACACGCUCUGAAAUGUGACGCUGAUUUGCAUGCUGACAACGAUUUGUUCGGAGAUUACUCCCAGCUGAUUGAUAGCCGCGCUGUUGCCCCAGAAACCACCUUGGGCAAUGAUCUGACUACCCUGUUAUCAGACAGUAAAGCAAAUUUCUGUAGUUAAUCUUCUCAAAUGGGCGUGCACCAGAUCUCCUGACGGCCUCGCCUGAACGCAGCUCAUUUCAAACCGGCGAGGAGAACAGGAAGGAGACUUUGUUGGCGUGUUUCAUUACUCACCGACGUGGCGGACAAACCGCAGCGUAGGCCGGCUAAAUGAGAGGGAAGUGUUUUAUUUAAGAGAGCUGUUUCUGCAGAUAAAUCAGGACGUCUGAGAGAGACGCUGCAGAUGUAAUCUGACGCAACACCGAGAGAGUCGGUGAAAGGACGGACGAAAAACACAGAGAGAUGUUGGAGGAUAUUAAUAAGGAUGUGGUUUUAUUAUGACCCUACAGAGGGGAGGCGGAGUCAUGGAAAAAGGGGAAAAACAUGUUACUGGUCAGAGUUUGUGCGAUGAUGCUGAUGUCUGAAAACUUGAGAGGAAAUUCACAAACUGAGGAGGUGAAUUUUGAUCCACUUCAGCUGAUUUUCAGGAUUUUGUCGCGGUAACCUUUGGCACGACUCCUGAUGUUUGAGAAAGACUGUUCACGACUUUUACUUAAAUUCACACACAUAACCACAAAAUGUCGAGUAAGGCUGGGCGAUAAACCGAAAAUUUACGACAAUAACUGACGUCAUUAUGUAAAGAAGCUCAAAGGUGACACUGAUGGCGAAGCGGUCUAAGCGCUCCACGUAUCGAGGCGAGAGUCCUGUAGCAGAACCUCUGAAUCCUGUCUCUCUUCAGCUGUCCUGUCAAGUGGAGGAUAAAAUUUAAUACAUCGAUUUAAAAACAGAAAACUAAAAAUUUAAAUGUAGAAGACAGAAAUGAAGAAGUCACGGUGGUGACCCCUAAAUAAACCGGAUCAUCUCUGAUCUAAAUUCAUAUGAAGUAAAAGUUUUCAGACACAAAUUUCUGAUACCUGUAAAUUCAUCUUUAACGUCUGAAGCUGCAGACAGGCGAGUGUUUCCAGUUUAAUAUAGGUUUGACAUGUUUGACAAGGAAAAGACAGAAAAUAUUAAUAAAACUUAUAAAGCAGAAGUUUAACUGAACUCCUCUUGUCAAAUAUUGACAGAAAUCACCUUCAUGACUCCGUCCUGAAACCAGCAGAGCCCAAAGUCAUCAAGAAAACAAGAAUAUGAUAUGAAUCCCCUCUGAUCCAUCAAACUGAUCGACUCUCUGAUGUUCGGGGGAUUUACUCGGGUGGGUGGAGAGACGGCUCAGCCUCAGGGGCGAAGUUUAACUUUAAGAAGAAUCCUGUAACUUCUAAACUCUGAGGGAGAGAGAGAGAGAGAGAGAGAGAGAGAGAGACAGACAAAGAGAGAGAGAGAGAGAGAGGCCACGCCACACUCAUUAAGACGUAUAUUAACUCCAUCAUUAGGAGAGAAGUUAAUGAUGCUGAGAGAAGAAUCCCUGAGGCCCGGCGAUCUGAGGUCUGUACCGCCGUAAACAAAACCAGGUUAGCAGAAAGAACAGAGCUGAGCAGGCGGAUUUUCACACGCCGCACCUGAACACCUGCACACCUGCACACCUGUCCCACUUUCUGCUCCGUCUAGAUUUGUCGUUUUUCUCUGGAGGCACGAAAAAAAACAUUAAAUGAAAUGAACAGAAACAGGCAGAGAGGUGGAGUUCAGAGAGUCUCACACCUUCGCCUCGUGCGUUUUGUCCACCUGUGUUCACGUCCCGGUGUGUGUGCAGAGGUUGGGGUCUGCGUUCGCCUCCCUCCCCUCUGAGGAUGAUUUACAAAGCGUUGACGGGAGCACAAUAAAACUCUUGUUUAUGUUCAGACGGUGAGUGUUCAUUGUCAGGGGGAACAGCGUCUUGUUUUAGGGCGCCGUGGGAGUUAACACCGCAAAUCAUCUCUUUUUAACUGCCAGGGCCGCGGCGACAGAUGAAGCCCGCGCUUCUAUCGGUUAGACGGCAGCAGCGGCUCUUUGUAAUAAGUCAAUAAAAUCACCGCUGCUGCUGCUGCUGGUUCUGUGAAAAUGGGCCGAGGCCGGGCCGUGCCGUACAUUUCAAUAAAGGCGGCAGAGAGAGAGAGAGAGAGAGACAAGGACAGAGCUCGGAAAACAAUCUGUAAAAGUCAGGGCCGAGGCAGCCGAGCGCCGAGUCAUCAGAGCUAAACGACAGGCGGGAUAUUCGAUGAUAAUGUGGAGCACAUAUAAAAGGUUUUAAAGGGGGUCAUGAAAAUCCUCGCUCUGUUAAAGUGGCGACUUAAACAACGACGGUGACAGGAAGUCUGUUCAACGCUAAUCUAAUAAAGACGUAGAAGCUUCAGGUCGGAGUUAAUCCGAUGUUGAUGGAGAUAAUGUCAAAACUAAACCGUGUUAAAACGAUCGGAGAGUCCUGGAUAACUCAGAGAUGAACUGAAUCAUUUAUGAAUACAGACACACACAUGACUUAUUUACAGCCGCCAUCAAUAAAUCAAUCAAUCAUCAAUAAAUCAUCAGAGUGAAACAUGGAGAGCAGACCUCAGAUGAUCCUCGAUGUAUCAUGGGAAAGAUAAAAAACAAACACAGGAAGGAUAAAUCUGAUCAGGAAGGAAAAACGACGACUGUCUGCUGUAGGAACAUGCCUCAAUACUGCCCCUAGUGGUAGAAGAAGCUGCAGCACUCCGACUUCAGGAGCGUGAGGAGGCGUGUGCGUGUUUGUGUCUGUUUACGACAAACUCAAAAUGGUUUUAAAUGAACACAGAAGUGUGAUAAAAGUAUGUAUGGAAGAGAAAACCGAAUUAUCGCCUUAUUCCGAUUAAGACCGGACAACUGAAGUUCACGUUAACACCUUAAUCCGACUGUAAUCAGAGUUUGAGAACUCCGAUUGGAGUCGGAGAACUCCGAACUCUGAGGGACGAAGUUUAAAAGACAUUUAAGGGUUAAAAUGAUCGGAAAUAAAACAGAUUUUUAUGUUUUUAGAUGAUUUCAAACCAACUUUGUCCAACAGGUUAGUCACAUGACUCUGGAGUGAGAGUCACUGCAUGGAAAGGACAACUGGACUUAGUUGAGUCCAGUUGAGUUUGCCCUUAUAACACACAGCUACAGCGCCCCCUACCUGUCAGUUUAAUCAGUAACACUCCAAUGACACAAACAUACACUGAAAAAAACUCAAAUCUCAGCAGUUUGUGUCUUAACUGAUGAUCUAUUCACCCGUCAGAUUCAGGAAAAUUCUUGUUUUUAAGAAAUUACACCCGAAAACACGACAUAGAUCAUUUUUGAAAAGGAAAAUAUAAAAAAUGUCCAAAACCAAACAAUUACAAACACUCAGUUCAUAUUUUUGAGAUGUAAUAUCUUGAAAUAAGUAACUUCACUCAAGACAGUCAAGCUGCAGGGGUGUCCCCUAAAUAAAGGCGCUCAUUUCUUGUCUAAUUUCAUAUCAAGUUAAAGUUUCAGAGACAAACUUCACCUGCUUUCCUGUCGAACCCUCACUGUCGUUUCAGGUGUGAAAAUUACAGAGAAACUCUCAGCUUUGUCUCCGAUGGUUUCAUUUUCUCGUGAAGAAAAACUCCUCACUGCACCUUUAAGUGAACGUCUCAGACAUGAACUCUUGUCCCAUCUCUGUUGUAUCGCCUGCAGAUCUCUGCCUGUUUUGACAACAUAUGAAAACUCAACCUUAUAAAUAAAAGAUUCAUGUCUCAGUUUUCUGUUGGAAAAGCAGAAACGCUCCGAGUCUUUUCCACAUCAAUUAAAUCAGGAUUAGUGGGAGACGAUCCCUCACAGAAGCACAAUAAGACUCCUCAGAUUGAAGCUCUAACGUCAGACUCCUUCAGUUUUAAAGCAGGAAACUGAAGCUCCUCCAAAGAGCAACACACCUGAAAAUUGGAGCGCUGCAAACAAGCUGAAGGGAUUUAGCUGAUCAUUUUCAGAGCAUGUACGAAGUCAAUAUUCUGUCACCUGAAAUGAAGUGGCUCUAAUUAAAGGACCUGACCUGCAGCUUUCUUUGUCGCUCAGUGAGCGGCGGCGUGCGGAGACACGCACCAGGAACCAGAGACUAACUCCAGGUCCUGAGGAGGACUGCUGAACGCUCAGAUACAGAGAGAGAAAGAGAGAGAGAGAGAGGAUGACGGAGAGACGAGGUUAUUCUUCAGAAAACAGUGAAGGUGAUAAUGAGGAAGAGGAGGGAGACACUCCAGGUUUGUGGAGAGUCUUCAGAGGACGAUUACAGCUCGGAGAACUGAAGAAACCAAACUGAAGAAAUAACUGGAAAUAAAUCAAACGUCCUCCUUUCUUCUUCUCUGAACAUCGUGUCUUUUAUAGGUUUCCAUUUUUAAUCUAAACACCAAACAUUUACUCAGAAAUUAAACUCAGAACUAAAAACUAAAAAGUCCAGAAAUGGUCGUCGUUGACCGCAGAGCUGCACACACCAGAGUAUCGUCUCUCCGUCUCAGCCCACUCGUUUUAGUCCACUCAUCUCUAAAAGCUGGAGUGUGCAGAUGUUUAAUAAGCUGGAGGCGCCGUAAUGGAUCUCAUGAGCAGAAAGACUUUAGGUUAACCGCUGAGAUCCUCCCACACAGAGACGAUCUAUACGGCUCUGCUGUGAUCAUGGAGGAGAGGAAAGGUGUAAAGAGGAGAGGAUACGACUCGGCUGAGAGUCCCUGAACGUGUCCGAAUAAAAACAACUUCAGAAUCUGUUAGAAUGAACUUUAGAAAACUUUAGAAAAACUUAAGAAAACUUUAGAAAACUUUAGAAAACUUUAGAAAACUUCAGAAAAACUUUAGAAAAAUGACAGAGUGAGUUUUUUUGACCGGGCUGUAAAAACGUUAAAUUCUGCUGCAACAACAGACGUUUUGACAUGACGCUAGAAGAGAUCAGGAGCUUUUUAAACCAGCCCCCUGUGGACACUGAUGGAACUGCAAAUUUUCCAGAUAUCAUAAGGAGGUCAUUAGAUAACCGUUUAAAAAAAAAGACAUUAAAGUUUGAGUUUCUGGAAAUUUUCUGACAGGAAACGGAAUUUGGGAAAAGAUCAGAAACUUUCACGAGUUAUUUUGAGGAUGAUAUAUAAUCCAUAUAGAAAAACAAGAUACUCAUCUACAUUUCCUCAGUAGAAUAAAACAGCACCAUUAUUAAAACUAACUCACAUACCUCAACACUUAAAGGACAGUGUCGUAAAAAUAGAAGUAGACGGAGUAACGUCUGCUGACAAAGACGGUUGGAGCUAAACUAACGGGUCUGAAGUAAAUCCAGAUGAUUAUCCAGGAAUAAAACUCUCACAGCUCGUCUCAUUGACAGUUAAUGGACUGAUAGGUUGACAGGUCGAUGCGUUUACAGAGCGGCGCUUCCCGGAAGACGGAGUAAUUAUUGUAAAAGUCUGUCGCGCUGCAUAUCUGUCACUUUUGACGUGUCGUUACGCCUCAUACUCUUCAGGUCCUCUGUGAGUUUAGAGCCGAAAAACACGCAGUAUAGAUGUAGAUGUAGAUGCAGAACAAACCCAUGAAGAGGAGCAUCUAUUUGUAUACAUCUGUGUGGAUAUCUGACCAACGCACAGGUUCACCCUGAGAGCUGCUGCUGUUUCUGCUGUUUCUGCUGUUUCUGCUGUUUCUGCUGCUGCGUGGGUUUUCAGGACAGAUGAGGAUAAACAGCAGAAGCAGAAAAGUCGUCUUUCUUUUUCAUUUUCAACUUCUCGUCCGAGUCGAAGACGCAGCUGCAGGAUGAAACACCCCGGAGUACGACGAGCGCCCCGAGGAUCUUUGUUCUUAGUUUAGAUUUCCCUCUCCACCAAAGUCAAAGCGGUACGAAGAGAGGAGGACGUAGAAGAUCGAGGUUUAUCUGAGGUAACAGAGACCUCCCUCUGUGACUCAGGCUGAUGUUCAACCAUCACUUUGGGAAACAAAAACUGGAGUCUAUUUUCAUCUGUAAUCGUGUUUCCUCACCUCAGAGCAGCCUCCACAUUAAACUCCUGCUAAUGCAAAACCACUUCAUUCACUCUCGUCCCCAUUAGAGAGAAAACUUCAGUUUUUAAUGCUUUUCUGGAGACUUAUUAUCAAGUGAGGUCCUUCUUUUUAAAGAUCAUUAUACUUCUCAAACUUAACCCUGACCUCUGACCUUUAACUCAAACACUUCAGCACAUUCAGAGACUCCUAAACUUCUUUGUCUAAUUAAAGUUUUUAGAUUUUCUGUCCAGCACCAUGACUGUUGUAGGGAUCCUGGGUCAACUUCUUUGCCUCCAUUUUCACCUCUGAUACCGUGACAUUAGGGCUGGGCGAUAAUCCGAAAAUUUACCGAUACUGAAACUUACGACAAUAACCAACGUCAUUUUUCCCAUAUCAAUACUCGUGUCUCUAAAGGCGAUUGUGAAAUUUACAAACUGGGAGGUGAAUUUUAAUGUAAUUUCAGCCGAUUUCCAGGAGUCCUGAAGUCGUAUAAAACCAGACGACCCUCCCUUCAUAAAAAAUGAUUGUUGCAGGUAACCGUGGACACGACUCCUGAUGUUUCAUAAAGUUUGAGAAAUACUGUUUACAAAUUUCACAUAAAAAAACACACAUAACUACAUAAAGUCAAGUAGGGCUGGGAGAUAAACCGAAAAUUUACCGAUACCUAAAUUUACGACAAUAACCAAUGUCAUUUUGUCCAUAUCGGUAUAUUCAGAGUCAAAAAAGUCAAAGUUGUUUUUGGAUGUGUGUCGGUAGGCUAUGGUCUCAUGUCCCUUUAAGACAACUAAAUAAAACUUAUUGCAUGAAAUUCAGUAUUUUCUCGGACUGAACAGCGAUUAUCUUUCUUGUCAUUUCAGAGGCUGAUGGAUGAAUCCAACCCCCAUUUUCCACCUUCAUCCUGAUCGUCUCCUAAAAGGUCGUAUCCUCCGAUCUUAGCUGAUCGUAACCAUUCAAGUUAACGUGUCAAUUUACACCGACUUCUUUCCGUUCCUCUGCGGAUUGCCGGACUCCUCAGCUGAUCACAAGAGUUCGAUUUUUUCUGGACGCCGGAGCAUGGCGGAUAAAUUCAGCACAGAUUAACCCGUGCUGGAAAGGAAUUGUACGCGAUUGCACGUGAAUCCGCAGGUUCUUGUGAGUUCUCGCGAUUACCGCCAUCCUGAAUCCGCCAGGAAAUUUGCCUCACAAUCAGAUCCAGUAGGAAUUGGUGGAUGGUGAAAAUCGCUGCCGUUCUGGAUCAGAGCCGUUCCAGAUGUGGUGGAAAUUGGGGGUAAGAGUUUUAACGAUCAGCCUCCACCAAAUACGUCCUGUUCUGCCGUGUCAAAGACGUACAACAGACUCUUUUUGUCUCUCUUGUCCAUAAAAGUGUCACACUGAGCGGUAAAAUCCACUCUGAUGGUCCCUGACAGCAUCACUUUCUCUCCUUGAGUCUGUUUUGAUGGUCGCCGAGGCCCCCAGGGGCCCCCCGGUGAAUUUACAUGGGAUCUCAGAGAUGGCUCGAGUGUCUGUCUCUCGCCUGUUUAUUGUCGAGGUCCCGUUUGUCUCUCAGGACCUUGUUGACUUCAUGUGAGACACAACCAGAUGGGCUGUCAUGACCCGGGCGAUUCGCCGAGCCGACCGCUCGCUCAGAGGUCCAGAGAGGUCGCCGUGACUCCGACUAUUACGCUCCCGAAGGUGUCAAUCAACACACCUGUGUGUGUGUGUGUGGUGUUAACAUACUGUUCCACAGCUCAUCCUCUGAGGGAGCGCGGCGGCAGCGUCUCAUGAUUCACUCCACAAACCAGCAGGUUAUUACAAACAGGAACGGCGCUCCAGCAGAAUUAACUCUGUAACACAUUUAACUAAAUAAACACGAGUAAAAAAAACAGGAAAACAUCUACUCUGUGUGUGUGUGUGUGUGUGUGUGUGUGUGUGUGUGUGUGUGUGUGUGUGUGUGUGUGUGUGUGUGUGUGUGCGCUGCAUUAUUCAUUCCUCAGGGGGAGCCCUCUCAGACAUGGCUCUGAAUGUAAUCUCAUUGUGUUCUCUCUAAACAAGUUUCCAUGCAAAUACAGACGGAGGUGUGAGGAGGUGGGUUUGUUGUUUUCACACUCAGAGUCGAGGAGACGCUCUCGUUCCCGCAGAGACGACACGCAGAUCUCUAAAACCUGCAGCAGGUAGAUGCAGGAAGUAAACCUCCAGGACCUGAGGUCGGGUUUUUAGAUUCAUCCCCUGAAUUUCACCAAAAUCAGCGGACACUAAUGCGGUGUUCGAGUGACCUCGGAAAUCAGUUUCAGUUACUAAGUCAGAAAAAAGCGAAAUUAGAGGUGGAAACAAGAUGGCUACAUCUACGAAAGUUAUAUUUAGCGCUGCCUUGUCCGAAUAUAAGGCAAGUGCUAAAAUAACCGUCAUAGAUGUCGCCAUCUUGUUUCAGAUUUUACUUUUUUCCAACUUCGUAUCUGAAACGCUGGGAACUCGGGUUUGACGUCAUUUUCAGCUCCGACAUCUGACCUCCGAGGUAACUUGAACGCCGCAUAAAAUCCACACUGGUUUCCAUGACAACCAAUUAAGCAAGCGUUAUCCUAACUUAAAAUAAGACGAGUCUCAAUGGUUCUAAAGGCCAAACCCACUAUUCAUAAUGGGGGUCAAGACCUGAACAAAUUCAGCAUCCCAGCUACAGCGCCUCCUGGUGGUGGAGGGAAAUAUCAUGCUAUUACUUUAAGAGCUAAAUCUCAAGAUACUCAAGAUAUCCUUCAGAUACGGAUCUUCAUGUGUGUCAAAAUCUGGUUUUCUGUCUGAGGGCGUGGUCAGAGCGGGGUGGUGAAUAAUGCGUAACCACAAACUUUCUAAGUGGUGUAGCUCCGCCUUACAUCAGCGUAUCUGCACAACAGUCCCCGUGUUUAUGAGGGGUCUCCAUCUGAACACAAAUGUCCUCAUCACAGUGCCAUCUACUGGUAACAGUAAGUUACUGCCUUCACAUCACACUCUCAGAUCUUUCCCAUCUGGUUCACAGGAUCUCCUCAACACUCCAACACAACAGACUUUCCUCCUACUCCACUGUUGCCAUGGUGGCGCUGUAUUCACCAUCAAACAGGAAGUAGGUUUUCAAAGGGCUGAAAUUACUUAUAGAGACUCCAAACAUGUGUCUCUACAACGAGUGGGUGGAGCCUAACUGGUGCAAUAAGCCACGCCCCCAAUUUUUAGAAAGUACUUUCAGUUCCUCUCACCGUGGAGCAUGUGGUUCACUGUGCUUAAGCCUCCUAGCUAGGGCUGGGAGAUAAAACGAUAACGAUUUAUAUAUCAAAAAUUCCCUUUGAUAUUGAUAUAAAACAUGAUCAAUAUACUUUUUCUGAACCAAUCAUGUUCUGAAUUAGAACCUAGUAUCAAACAACUGCGUCGGACAUGAAGCAGAGUAAUGUGGACUGUAAAUUUUGUCGAGUACAUGUUCUCAUUUCAUUUUUUAUAUUGUGAUAUUUAUCGAUAUCGACUGAUAUGAAAAAAUUAUAUUGUGAUAAACUUUUUCCAUAUCGCCCAGCCCUACUCCUAGCGAAACUCUGACCCCUAUAAAAACAGCUACAAAUCCAUCACAUUUAGGGCUCCUAGGUUGCUAAACUGCUGAUCAGGACAUCCAUAAAUUCAACACCCCCACGCCUCUACAUGAGCGUGUGUGACUCCGCCUCCUCUGGUCGGCGCAGUAAUGGCUGCAGUCUGACUGAUGGAGCGGCUCUGUUCGCUCUGCUGAGUGAUCAGGGUGAGAAAAGAUUACGGCGCUAAUGAGCGCGAGUUCAGAGAUUUUAAGAGCAGAGAUGAUUGAGAUAGGCGACGUGCCAUUUUACAAGAGACCAAAAAAAACGAAUCAAUGAUCAUUUCCAUAGACUGCAGCGGCGAGAGCGGCGAGUCGGAGUGAUAAGCGUGCGUUCAAUGGGCCUGCUGUGUAAUGAGAGCAGGGAUCAAUACUUGGCAGGUCCGGGCUGCUGUUUGCUCCACUGUUGGCCAACAAAGCUGCUGUAAUUAAGAAGUCCGCCCUCAAUCCAGCUUCCUCUCAGCUCAGCUCCUCAUAUAUAAAUAUAAAUAUAUAUAUAUGUGCUGUAAUGAUCUGUAUUCUGACGCUCAGUCGAUGGCUGCACAGAGAAAAGAGAUUUGCUAAAGAAGACACAAAAAUCUAUGUAAUAAUAAAACAGACAAAGAACAACCUCGGGGAACUUUUUAGUUAUUUAACGAGACAAUAGUCCAAUUCUUCCAGCCGACACUUUCACUCAAGAAUUCAUUUCGAUUUGGACGGCAGCUCUUAAUAAAUAUUCAUAACGAGGAGCAUCAAUUUACUUUUUUCUCUCUGUGUCUCCAACAAAUUAAACUUUAAUAUUCUCAUUAUGUAACUGUAUAAUGAGAAGGAUUGGCGGAUUUUCUCGGCUCUGCAGAUGCAGAGAUGAGCAAAGUUGCAAACGUUGGGAAUCUCAGGGAGCUAAUUGGGAUUUAGUCGGCGUCGUCUGCGAGACGUCGAGGUCGUCGAGGGCCGGGAUAAUCAGACCGGCCCGCUGCGACGAGAGACAAGAACCAGGAUGAAGUGAGGGGGGAUAAGUGAAGCUCAGGAGGAGGAGCGUGUAAAAAAAAAUACACAAAGAUUUAUGAAACAGAGGCAGAAGAAGAGGGAAGGUUCUCAGAGGAAGAUGGUGAUCAGCUGAUGAGGAGGAAGAAGAAGAAGAAGUCAAACUGCUCCCGGCAAAAUCCUCUGUAAUUAUUGAUUCAGUUCUUAAAAGAGGCUAAACUUUGAAAUACACUAAUAAAAUACAGUCUGCAGAGUCAGAUCCACAUAUAUACUUAUACUGUAAUACCACACUGCCCUCUAGUGGUUGAUCUACAUGAACACACAAACAAAGUUACAGGUCUGAUGAUGAUAAAACAGUGAUUCAAUCAAUAAGAUUCAGAGGUUCAUGAUGAUCAAUAUCAUUUUUAAGUAUUUUAUAUAUUUUUUAAUAUAAUAUCAACAUUAAGUAUUAAUAUCAAUAAGGGCUAAAACAGGAAAUUAUCAUUAACACUGCACUGAGUUUAACAAUAUUCUUGUGAUUCACUGUAGAAGAGAAAAAACCCAAAAAUGAAAAUAUAUAAAAAGGAUUAGAUAGAUAGAUGAUAGAUAGAAAUACUAAAUAUAUACAAUAAAUACAGACUAAAUAUACUGAACAUCUGAAGAGAAAAAAGUAAGAUAUGAAAAUGACACUAUUGAAAUGAGUCAUAAAUAUGAAAUGUGAUAUAUAUAGAUGGGAUGAUAAAUAAACAGAUUUAUUCUGAACUCAAACUUUUCUCGCUGAUUUUUAAGUUUUAGGUCAUAAGUUUAACUUUUCACUCAGAAUUCAGACUUUAACCUCAAAUUCUGACUUUAAAAACAGAAUUAUGAAGAAAAAAGUCUGUUAAAUAUUUUCUUCUUCUGUAUUUUUAUUAUAAAGUUGGCUGAUGAUUUUAAACCUGUAGUUCUAAAUUAAAAAAAAAAGAAAAACAAUCAAGAAAAAUAAUCCCUACACUUUGUUUCACUCUAAAAAUGCGACAAAUUUUAGGAUUUCGUUUUAUUAAAUAGUAGUUUAUGUAAGUACAGAGACUCAGUUAUAAAAAGUGACUGUAAGUUCAGAGGCGUUAACUUAAACUCUGUUUGGUCACUACUUUAAAAACUUUGUGUCCACAGACCGAUCAUUAAACCAGCGUCAUAAAGUUUGUUUUUUUCCCUCUUUCCUCUUCACUGCCUUAUCUCUACUCCUGCUAAUGACUUCCUACAUUUCCCAGAAGUACUUUAACGUUAAACUUCAGAUAAAGGAUCGUCUCCUUGUGUUGGAUUGGUCAGAUGAAAUGAUGUCUUGAAGUCGAGCUCAACAGGUCCUAAAAUAACCACCGCGGGCCUCACAGAGAGCUGAGCUGGACUGUCAGAGGACUAAUAAGAGGGACGGUGUUGAUGGAGUUGGAGGUAUCAGCUGAUCUACAUGCAGAGGUGGAGUCAGAGGAUUGACAGACACCUCAAAAAAACAACUUUAAACAUGUCCUCCACUUCCUCUCAUUUCAGGUGUUUAUAAAACUGUCAGAGCCAAUCAGGAGCUGAUGACCGUGACCGUGUGAGCCCCUCCCCCCGCCGUCCUCCUGCAGAAACACACGCAGACCUGAUGGUUAAUCCACGGUGAUGAGUCUCUGCAGUUGGACUGUCAUCAGGACUGGAAAUAGAAACUCCACAGGGAGGAAGAGGAAUCAUCAAAGAGAAACUCGGCGCCGCACCGACGACGCAGGCGCUUAAAAUUGGCAAAAAUAACAAAAACCAAAAAGAGUCGGAAUAGAAAAACAAUCCUGCUGGAGGCUGAGAGUGUCCGGGGGACAGAUAACCAAACAGAGACUGGAGGGGUGUUCAGAGAGGUUCAGCGUGGAUGUUUAAGAGGAGAUAAAACGGACCCAAAAUUAGAACAAGCGGCGAGUGAGAAGACGCCAAAUAUUAAAACAGGGACCGAUGGCGUGCGAUAUCACCCUCAGCAACACAAACAAACAGAGAGGACGGCUCAGAUAUGAAGUCCAGCAGCUGCGAGUCAACAGAAGGUCUAAAAACAGCUCCCAGGUCUAUUAAGGAAGAAGUUUCUUCAUCCUGAGGAGGAGGAGGAGGAGGAGGAGGAGGAGGAGACCUUGACGGCAACAACAGUCAACAUCAUAUUUACUGUCUGAACCAUCAGCAGGUCAUCGAAGGAAGGUUAAAACAUAGAUGAUCCAGAUCAUUUAACACUUCAACUCUUGAUUUCAGACCCUAAAAGUCCGUUUUAACCAGUUGGACCAGUUAGCUUUAGCUGCACUAAUCCAGGACUGUUCGCUGUAAUCUGAACUUUUUAUGUUUUGUUUUCAGCGAACUAUUAUCACUUCUAGCUGCACGUCUGAAACUGAAGCAUAUCUCCCCAAGCUAAGUGUAAAUCAGUCUCUUAAUUCUCACUAUUGUCCAUCAUUUUAAACUCAUAUUGAGCUCCAGUCAUCGUCACGUGUCUGGAGUCACUCACAUGCUGGUUUUCCAGCGUCUUCUGCUGGUUAAACUUCAUGAUUUUGUUCAUUUGCAUCAAACUUCACUUGUAUUUUUAAUCUAACCUGAGACCUGUAUGUAGGGCUGGGCGAUAAAAAAUAACAAUAUAUAUCGAAAAUUAAUUUCCCUCAAUAUCUAUAUUAAACAUGGUCAAUAUCCUUUUCAAUAGUCGUCAUUCUGCCAUGUUUUGGUCGACUAUACGACUGAAAAGGGGAGUUGCUCCAGUUGAACCAAUCAUGUGCUGAAUUAGGACGCCUGUGCAGCUGAAACAGACGACCAUUCAGUCUGCUUUCUCAAUGCCUUACGACAAAACGUCAAAGAGACACAAAGACCUCACAGAUGCAGGAGAUCAUUGUUUUGGAAAAGACAUGCUACCAAUAAACACUGUUAAAUUUCAUUUAUAUAUCGUGAUAUUUAUGGAUAUCGACUGUUAUGAAAAAAAACAUAUUGUGAUAAACUUUUCCCCAUAUCGCCCAGCCCUACCUGUAUGUACCAGUAACUAAAUCCUUUCUCCCUCCUUCUAUCUGGGGCUGAAAUCUUCACAUUUUUCCCCUCACUGAUAUCUUCUGCUUCACAGUCUUGUCCUCUGCUCGCUCCGUCAUUAAACUCUAAAGUCCUGAUGAGACUCUAACGUACUUUAAACGUUCAGCACAGGUGUUCAUGUCCUAAAAUCCCACUUGUUUAUUUCACAGACUUCAUCAUCAGGCUGCCAGUUUCAAUUAAAGCGAGCGUCUUCAUGGACUCGCUGUAACAGUCCACGCCUCUCAGGACUCGUUUAGCGGAUGAUGAUGAUGAUGAUUCUCAGCACCUUUCUUUCUUUCUUUGGUUCUGAGCGCGCUCAGUUCGUCGAUUCGUGUCGACUCUAAAUAUUUAGAGCUGAAAAAUCUAUAUGAGCAGCAGGAUGUCGGAGAAUAAACUCUCAUACUUCAUCUCUGCUGAUCGGGUUUGUUGACAGAACCAGAUGUGUCGGGGAUGAGAUCAGCCCCCGCACACACACACACACACACACACACACACACACACACACACACACACACACACACACACACACACACACACACAUACCAGAGCUUCUCCUCCAAUGGUUGGACUGGAUAGACUCCAUCAUACUGUCUCCUUUUUUUCCUCCCACACUCACCAGCUUUUCUCCCCCCAUCCUCCCUUUCAUCCCACCUUCUCUCUCUCUCUCUCACACUGUCAGCCUCACACCCCUCCUCCUCCUCCUCCUCCUCCUCCUCCUCCCUCAUCACUCUCUCCUCUCCUCCCUGUUGACUACACAUCCACACAUCCACACAUCACACAGCAGCUACAGCAGCUACAGCAGCAGUAGUAUAAUGUGGGUCACAGGCUCAUGAAAACACGGUUUUAUGUGAUUUUCUUCAAACUCAAAGUGGAUUUUUAGACUUUUUAAGUUGGCGAUGAGGAUUUUUAGAAAGAAAGUUGUAAAGUUGUGCAGAUUUUCCGCUCAAUAUUGAAAAAGUGACGAGAAAUCUUGCCUGAAAGUGUCUCAUCCUUUUGGAAAAAACAACAUUUACCAGAAUUUUUCUCAUUCUCCUUAGAAAAAACGUGAAAAAUGAGACGAAUCUCGACCUCAAACAACCUCCUUUAGCAGCAACUUCCUGCUUAAUCUUCUGUCGCUACAGGUAAAAUUCACAUAUCUGUCCAUCCAUGCUUCUAUCCUUGAUCCAAUAUCCAUAUCUUGAAUUUUUCACUUUCAAUCUAUCCCCUUUCUUUCAUCCAUCUUUUUUGCCAUCCAACUUUCCACCCAUGCUGUAAACACAGCCCACUCUCAUUGCCCGAUGAGAUAUUUAUGUUAACAUGAUAAAAAUGUGAUGGAUGAACAAAUUAGUGGAUCCCUAAGACGGUUUUUCUCAUUCCUCUGAGUAAAACCUGAAAAUGAGACACAAAUCUCGAACUCAAACAAACUGCUUCAGCAUCAGCUUCCUUCUUCAUCUUCUGUCUCUGCAGGUGAAAUUUUCUCACACAUUUCCAACAUUGUCUACAAACUGUCCACAUCCGUAGGAAUUGGGUGGAUUAUUCAUCCAACAGUGCGUACACAAGUCAGAAAUAUCAUCUCCAUAAACCUCCAAGCAUUUUUAACAAGCUUCACAAACGCUUUUCCACAGCUUGCAUAUUUCCAACAUCUCCAAAGAUCUGCACCAAAGCUCUGUGCAAAGAUCCAGACUCUUCACCCCAGAUCAGAACUUCUUAAAUCAGCUGCUCUCCUACCUUUCCACCUUUGGAGCAUCGACGGUACGCGUUUGUGGCUCCUGCUGUUUGGUUCAUGGUGCAAACUUCUGCAAAAACGACAAACAAUCAGAUCAAAUUUGAUCUUCUGCUUCUCUGGAAGUUUGUGCGUAAAUCUGUAAAAACCUGGUUUACCUGGAUCCUCGUCGCUCCUCUCUAUCGGCUUGAAAACGCCUCACAGCUGCAUGAAUUCACGGUGUUUUUUCCAGGUUGUAAUCCACAGAAACGUCGAGAUCCUCCUCAGUUUGUUUGUCUGAAGUGUCACGCACUCAAACGUAAAUCCACGGAGAACUUUUCCGGCCAAAAGCGUCAAAAAGUUCCUGUUUCAACCCAAAAUCACGGAGAUGAGAGAGUUAGAUUCCUCUGGACUCGAGCUUUCCCGGAUGAUUUCGAACAUUAACCCGCUCCAGGUCCCUCUGACUGACUGUCGAGCAUGUGUGGCUGUGAAUGCGAGGAGAGCGCAGCAAUUGCGCAGGCGCACCACUUCACCGGGUUACAGAGGGAGCCUCCAAGGUGCACAAGAAAUGAGUUUUACCACUUUAACAUGUAUUAGCUGAGAAAACCUUCAUUUUUAAACUCUAAAUUAUAAUUUUCACAUUUUUCUGAUCCAAUAAUUAGUCUCAUUAUUCACACAGUGACCUCUGACCGAUCCGGUAACAAGAGGAGAUAAAUAAUUAGAGACAAAUUCAACAAAAGUCAUCUGAACAUGUGGAAGUGGACUGGUUUGGUUCCAGUUCAACCCUGAUAAAUGAAAGUGAAGAGGUCAGACCUCCACUGAAGAGUGUAAAUCUCCCUCAACGCCUCAGUUUUUUUCAACUGCUUCUAUGAAUUUAUCGGCUGAAGCAGGCGUAAGUACAGUGGCCAUAUGAAAUAUUCACAUUUAGCUUUGAAAAGUCAGCAGAAGACAAGGAAAGCAAAAACUGCUUUGUCCACAGGGGGCGCCAGACUGACACAGUUCUCACAUAAAAAAACAACUCAUUCAUGACAAACAUCUAUGAACUUAAAACUGAGUUAAUGAAGGAAAAACAAAAACACUGAAAUGACCAGAACAAGUUUGCUUAGCUGCUACAUUAGCUUAGCUACGCUAGAUUAGCUUGACGUGACGUGUUCAGUUAGCAUGCUUAGUCUGUGGACUCAUGAAGCAGGAUUUGAUUGUUCUUUUGGAAAUGAAUGUCACUUUGCAUGUUAUUGUGUUAUUGAUAUAGAUUUAAAGAUAAUAAAAAUCACUGCAACAUCCUUUAGUUGUGUAGUUUUGUCUGGAUGUAGUAACAGCAAACGCGUGCAAACAUUUUCCAUCAUUUCAUAAGUGUGUUGUGAGGUUGAUGUCGUCGUGUUUGUCCUUCAGUCUGUUAGGUAAACACGUCCUCUAAGACUCUAAGGAUAUUUGCUUUUCUGUGGAUCAACAGAAACCAUGUCUGCAGCUCUGCCUCAGAGUCUCUAUAGAGAUCAGGAUGAUAAACCUGGAGACGGUUAAAGUCAGCGGCUGUUCAGUCUGACACUCAGAGAGGCUGAUGUCUUCAUCCUCUCACCGGAUCAUCGACAGGUCUGCUGGGACUCACUCAGAGCUUCACCUGUUCUUAAGGUGAGGCUUCAUUAUCAGAGCAGAGAGCUACACCAGACCUCCAGACCUCCAGACCUCCAGACCUCCAGGGAGACGAAAUCCCACAGUGAGAUAAAACUCCAUCCGAACAUCUUAGUUUUUAAAUGUUUAACAUCUAAUGAAUAAACAAAAGCUAAUCCUACAUGAUUCAUUCUUUAAUUCCUGUGAAAUAAUGAAUCCAGAUUUUUUUCCCUCUUCAGAAGUUAAAGCAGCAGGAUACAAACUGAUCUAUUUUAUUUAAUACAGACUCUUUAAUCUUGCUGUGGUUUUAUUUUUUCAUUUGAAGCCCAGUUUAAUCAAUUUACACAAAAAUCUUACUUUAUAUUGUGUAAAAUAAGUUAAAGCUCCUGUGAGGAACUUUUGGUUCGUGUCAUCUUUGGCGCCCCCCUGUGGACAUAGUAUUUGUACCAAAUAUGAUCAGUGUUGUCUCUAAUGGUUUAGUUUGCUUUUGGAUGUAAUAAAAAAACAUCAACAUGAAUUUAAAUCUAUUUUAUAAACUUAAAAAAAGUCCACAACACCACAACAAAGUUAUCAUCUGUUUAUUUUCACUUUCUUUAUUAUGAGAAAUAUUUCCUGUAGUUAUGCGGUGUUGGCGUUAACACGGAAGUCAGAGGUCGGAAUUGAAAAUGAAGAUGACUUUAUCUAUGAAAGUUAUUUUAGCGCCUUUGUAUAAGUAGCCAUCUUGUUUCAAGCCUCCGAUUUUGCUUUUUUUUGACUUGGUAACUGAAACGCUGGGAACUCGGGUGUGACGUCAUUUUCAGCUCCGACUUCUAACCUCCGAGUUAACUCAAACACAGCAUUAGUCCUCUGGUGCCUGAUUUGAGCCGUAUCCAUAGCAACUAUUUGCUAUCAAGAAAUAACAGGCUGUUGCUAUGAGCUGUUGCUAUGUGGAGACCGACCAGAAUGAAGAAUUCAACACAGCUGUCCAACAAUCAGGUAUGUUUUACAGCGUAUUGACUUGUUAUUUGAUUUUAAUGACGGUCAGCUCAGCUUUCACUUCCUCGCCCGAGGACACAUGAGCAGGAACCUCCACCACCACACAACACCACCCCCUGACCUCCAGAUACGUCUGCUCUCUCUUCUUCUGCUCUCAGGAUGUCUUUCUCUCCCUUUUAGACCCCCAUGUUGACAGAAUCUAUCAGCAGACCAUCAGUCAGCGUGGACGUGCGCCUGUCAGUGUGUGGACGGUGUUGUUGACCCACUCUGGCAGGAAAGGACGCCUCAGAUCCGGCCUUUAUAAUCGAGCUGGACCGUGACUUUGAGGGGCGAGGCUGACCUACA